AUGCGUGAUCACGAUGGUGGUAAAGAGAAAAGCAGGAGUGAAAAGCGAGAAUCAAAUAAGCCGACUUCCGAAGACUUCAAGAACCGUAUAAGAAAACAAUUCGAUUUUGCAGUGAGCUCUUCCGCGUCUGCAAGUGACCACAGUAACAAACACGAAAAUGAAGAGUACUUGACGCCCUCACAGAAACAGCAAAGAAUGCGCCAGUUGGAGAUGAUUGGAGAGGGCAAUUUUCGUCAGCAGAGCUUCAGCUCCUCCUUGGGCAAAAGACAACAGAAAUCGAAAGAGCAAGUAAGCAGAAGUGAAAGAAUUUCUAACUUGGAUGAGGAACGUGAUAGAAUGUUGUUCGGACCUGCAACAAAGCCUUUAUUGAAUUCACUACCUGAACAAAUUGGAGAAUCAAAACAUGGUCUGACUUGCUUACCUAAAGAAGCAUCCUUCCUUAUACACCCUAGCGUUCUGAUCGAUGGAGCAAUCAAAGAACGAACCUGGAAAAACCUUUGGCUUGAGCAGAGAAGAAAUCUUGGUUAUUAA